ACUGUGAAUCUUCACAAGCGUCUUCAUGGUGUUGGAUUUAAGAAGCGCGCUCCACGAGCCAUCAAGGAGAUCAGGAAGUUUGCAGAAAAGCAGAUGGGUACACCUGAUGUUAGAAUAGAUACGCGUCUCAACAAGCAAUUGUGGUCAAAAGGCAUCAGGAAUGUUCCCUUCAGAGUUCGUGUAAGACUAAGCAGGAGGAGGAACGACGAUGAGGACUCUGCAAAUAAGCUGUAUACUCUUGUCACAUAUAUAUCUGUUUCAUCGUUCAAGGGACUCCAAACUGAGAAUGUAGAUGCUAGCCAAGAUUAAUGUAUUUCUAUAUAAUAAAUAAUGAUGAACUGAACUC